AUGUGUCCAAAGCCGCGGCCCGGAGUGACCAACCUCCACUUCGUCGCUCACACGCACCUUGACAUCGGCUGGACGAGGCGCUUUCAAGAAAACUACCUGCUUGCGAAGGAUAUUCUGGAGUCCGUCUGCGGAGAGCUGAUGAAAAAUAGGUACCGCCUGUUCACCGUGACAGAGAUGGCUUUCUUCAAGAAAUGGUUUGAGGAGACCAACGAGGUGUUUAAGAUCAUCGUCCGCAAGUACAUCAACGAAGGGCGACUGGAGCUGGCCAGCGGCGGCUGGGUGAUGAACGACGAAGCCAGCACCUUAUACACGGACGUGGUGGACCAGAUGACGCUGGGCCACCGCUGGAUCAACGCCACCUUCGGACCCUGCGCUCUGCCCAGGGCCGUCUGGCAGCUGGACCCCUUUGGACACUCCAAGGAGCAGGCGGCCCUGUUCGGCCAGAUGGAGUUCGACGGCCUCCUCCUGGGUCGUGUCCACUAUCUGGAUCACGACUGGAGGCGCGUGAACCACAAGGCCGAAUUUCUAUGGCGAGGGGACGACAAUCUGAAACAACGUUACGGGAAGAAAGACUCGCGAGAAGGGGAAAGAGGGUACACGGUGUCGAGUGACCAGAAGCUGCCCCUCCGAGGCGCAGCUGGCGCUGUUUACACAGGGUCCGUGGUCGCCUGCCUGUUCGCGUUCGCGGGUGGCUCGGUGGAAUGUCCCCUCUGGGUCAUAAAUUUCCGGAGCACUCGAGGGGAGACCGUUUGUUCAGAGAAACACAAGCACAAGACGGAACGAAUGCACAUGCAGACUCUGAAAGCAACACACACACAAAAUACAACACGAGGUGCCGUUCAGUGGUUCAUUUGCGCCUCCGUUUCAGAGCAGGACAUCUUCACGGCGGUGCUCCCGCAUGAGUACUCAGCACCCGUCAGUCUCGAUUUCACGGGUCCGUUCCUCACGAAAGAGCAGCUGAAAGACUUUACGCCACUUGUGCUGAACAUCACUCGUUCGGACGGAUUCCGGACCAACCAAAAAAUUGUGAUGUUUGGAGGCGACUUUGCGUUUUACAACGCGACGCGCUGGUACAGUCAGAUGGACAGCCUCAUGGACAUCAUUAAUUCCGAAAAGGACAGUGGAUUCUACGCGUUCUACUCGACGCCCGGAUGUUUUCUACGGAGCCUGAACGCCGAGUGGGCCACGUCACUCGUGAACAGCUCCAACGAGAUCGAGCCUGUUCACAGGGGCGACUUCUUCCCCUAUUCGGACAAGCCAGGUGACCUGUGGACGGGCUUCUACUCCUCCAGGCCGUCGCUCAAGUACUUGAUACGACGGGCUUCCAAUUUUCUCCAGGCGUGCCGGCAGAUCACAGUGUUGGCCAACAUCACGGAAACCGCUAUCGACCUUUUGGAUAAAGCUGUGGCCAUGGCGCAACAUCAUGAUGCCAUCACCGGUACCUGCACCGAGCCCGUCGCCAAAGACUUUGGGGACAUCGUCAGCCGGGCUUACACAGCGUGCGAGAAGGUUAUGGCCCUGGGAGUGGAAGCCUUGAUCACGGUGGGGACGAACCGAAAUUUGUACCCGACCUUCUGCCACCUCCUGAACCAGAGCGAGUGCUUCGCCAGUGAAGGCUACGAAAAGUUCUUCGUCUCGGUGUACAAUCCCCGGAGCAGCGUCGUGAAGACCGUCGUCAGGUUUCCGGUGGCGAACAGUGGCUACAAGGUCACCGACGAGGCCAGGCACUUCGUUCCCUCGGAGAUCGUCCCUAUUCAGCAUGCCGUGCUCCACCUGCCGGGGCGACAGAGCGACGCCGUGCACGAACUCAUCUUUCUGACCGCCGUCCCUCCGCUCGGAAUAUCCACCUUCCUGGUGGAGCGCUUCCGCGGGGCGACGAUUCAGAGGCAGGGCUCCCAGCCGAUCGGACAAGUGAGGAAUAAGGACUACGUUCUCAAGAACCGUUGGUACCAGGUGACUGUGGACUCGAUGACGUGCCUGUUGAAGAGCGUCGUUCGGAGGGAAAACGGCAAGGGAAUCGAGGUGCAGCAAAACUUCGCCGCCUACACGAGUUCUCACGGCCACUACCUCUUCAGCCCGGAGAGUCCUGUCGCGGUAGAGUUCAAGAACAACAUCUCCUGCCGCGUCGUCACAACGACGCUUGUCCACGAGGUGCACCAGUGGAUCAACCCCUGGAUCAGUCAGGUGAUCCGACUCUACGUCAGCGAGGACUACGUGGAGUUCGACUGGACACUGGGUCCCGUGCCCCUGGAGUCUUCCCAUGGUACCCUGUCUGGCGGCCACGAUGUGGUGACCAGGUUUCAGUCCAACCUGGACAACGAGGGGGUGUUCUUCACCGACUCCAACGGAAAGCUGACCGUCCGCCGUGUGUGA